AUGGGCGGCGAAAAUGAGGCGCAAGAGUGUUUUGAAGGGGAAGGUGGAGACAAAAUCAUGGUGGAAAUUGUUGGGUCAGAUGUUUUUGUCAAUGGGGCCAUUAGUGAAAAAGAGUGCUCCUUAUUUUCGGGCGAAAUGGGAUAUUUGGAGGGUGACGCAAGGGGGAGCAAAGAAGAAAUUGGAGGUGGGAAGCUUCCGGAGGGUGUGGAUGUAGAUGAAACUGGGGAAUUUGAGGCAGGGUUUGAAGGGCCUAGAGACUAUGAUGCGAUUAUUGAAGAGAAGACGAUGGGAGAUGAAAUAGUCAAGGAGGUUAGUGCUGAGAACCUCGCAAAAUCUGAAGUUUUGAAUUGUCCUGCAGAGGCUUCUGCCGAAGGGGUUUUUGAUAAAGUGGAGAAGAAAGGGGUGUCAGCAGAUUAUGCUCAUGCUAAUUAUACAGAAGGAGAAGGUUUAAGCCCGUUCAGUGAUAAAGCUGGAAUUUUAGGUCCUAAAGAUGAAAAUGCGAGCAGUAAUGGUGAUUUUGGUGUAGAAGCUGGAAUUGUUGAUGAAAAAGUUGUGGCUGCUGAAACUGGAGACUCGAUUGUUGAGAAGGACUCUCAUGUCCCUGAUGUCUUUGAUCAGAAUCAUGGCCGCGUUAAAAAAAAUUGUGGUGUCGAGUGUGACUUAAAACAAAGAUCUGAUGAUGUUCAAAUUGCUGAAGUGAGUGGUGCCCUAAAUAUUGAUAUUCAAGCUGGUACAAAGGUAAAUCAGCCAAAUGUAGAGCAGAUUGGUUCCAAAGUUUCCGCACCGACUAUAAAGUCCCCAGAAACUGUUGAAACUCUAGUGGUUAAUGUGUCGAAGGAAAAAACUUCUCUCCCAAGGGACUGUUGUGCUUUUGAUGUGGCUACUAUCCAUGAUGUGAUAAAUAAUCCCAAUGAAGCUGAAGAAAAUUCUGAAAAAACAAGUGGCUUUUGUGCAACAGAGGACCAUGCUAUUAAAACUAAUCGCAUGGUUGUGGAGUAUGAUAAAGAACUCGAAGUUGACCACAGUGGAGAGAAUGUGGAAGCUGAAAUUUCUGAAGAGCCAGAAUUAGAAACUGAGAUUAUAUCGUCCAAUGAGAAAUCUUCGAGGCUUGAAAGAACCAACCUUUCAUGUUGUCUAUUUCAGAAAGAGGAUCAUUUUGUCCCGUCGGAUUUGGUUUGGGGAAAGGUCCGCAGCCAUCCAUGGUGGCCCGGACAAAUAUUUGAUCCGGCCCAUGCUUGCGAGAAGGCUCUUAAAUAUCAGAAGAAAGAGGAUUCUUAUUUGGAAAGUGAUUUGAAGUUACCUGAGUCGAGGGAAGAAAAAAAUCAUGUGGUUGCUGAGGAGGCUAUGGACGUUUCAAGUGAAGGGGGUGAAGAUAAUAAGGUGGAAAAUGAUUUGAAGUUACCUGAGUCGAGGGAUGAAAAAAAUCAUGUGGUUGCUGAGGAGGCUAUGGACGUUUCAAGUGAAGGGGGUGAAGAUAAGAAGGUGGAAAAUGAUUUGAAGUUACCUGAGUCGAAGGAUGAAAAAAAUCAUGUGGUUACUGAGGCUAUUGAUGCCUCUAGUGAAGGGGAUGAAAACAGAAAGGGGGAAAGUGCAUUGGGCCUGUCUAACUCUGGGGAUGAGGAAAGUUUAGUUGUUAAGGAGGUUUGUAGUGAAGGAUAUGAAAAUAAGGAAGGGAAAAGUGAGUUGGGGAAUGAAAAAGGUACGGUUCUUAAACAAGCUGUAGACUGCAGUUCUGCUGAACCCGAAAAUGUUGAGGCAGGGGUUUCGUCUGUGCCGACUCAAGAAGAUAUAGCGACGAAUCAAUUGGUGAUUAGUGAGAACAAGCCAGUUGAAGAUGAAACAGUUGAUGAUGUAAAACAUGGUCUAUCACGGAAAGACGAUGUAUCGCCAUUAAGUGGUGAUGCUUCUAAUCCAGAUCAGCCCGUCUCGAAUUCCGUUUUGUCUCUUGUGGCAAGUGAAAAAACAGACGACAGUCAAAUGGUACGUCCGGACAACAUUGUCGACACUAAUGGCGAAGGUCCCGAAAACGUUCAGGUUGAUGCUGGAAACAUGCAGACCGAGAUUGUUGAUGAAAAAGAAGGUUUGGCUGCAGGAAGCAAGGAUUUGGUUGUUAAAUCGGAUUGCGUAAAUGACUCUCACGGAAUGAAAUUGGAUAAUGAAAAUGAGAGCGAGGAAGCUGCUAGUGGGGAAGAUUUUGACGUGGUACUGGAUUUCAACGAUUGUACACGAGAUAUUAAUCCGAAUUUAAGUUUAGCCAAUGAUGGUGAAUAUUUGAAGAGUGAUAGAGGUUUAGUAUCAAAUACAGAUCAUCCAGACCAUUUUGUCUCACAUGAACAAACUCAACCGGCUGAUGAGAUCGAUACUGAUAUGGAAAAUCAGCCAAAAACACUUGAAGGUUCCGAUGGUGGUGAAUUGUGCAAAAACACUGAUGAAAUUGUAUCGGAAGAGUCGAAGCAGCCUUUAGACUGUGAAAAAAAUGGCGGUGGAAUGCCAUACUCUGUAGAACAAAGUGGCUUACCACAAAGUAAGGAACAUGAAGAAGUUGAAAAGUCGAAAAUACCCGACACUAGCGAUAAAAUCGAGUGUGGAGAUGAGAGAAAUGAAUCUGGUGGAGAUCCUCAUGACUCAAUGGAUAUUGAUUCAGAACACACAGACGAAGAACUUCCUUCCAAGUCUGAUAAUUCGAUACCUACUGUGAGAUCUCCCAAAAUGAACCAGGCCCAUUAUUUCUCACCUCCCGAAAACGAGGUCCAUCACUUCGCUGUAUCCGAUUUAGUAUGGGGUAAAGUCCGCAGCCAUCCAUGGUGGCCCGGGCAGAUAUUCGACCCUUCUGAUGCUUCCGAAAAGGCUGGCAAACACUUCAAGAAAGACACUUACCUGGUUGCUUUUUUCGGAGAUCAAACAUUUGCUUGGAACGAAGCAUCUCUCUUGAAGCCUUUUCGGCUCUUCUUUUCGCAGAUCGAGAAGCAAUUCAGUUCGGAAGGAUUUCAGCAUGCAGUUACUUGCGCAUUGGACGAGGUCUCGAGACGGGUGGAGCUCGGUUUGGCCUGUUCGUGCAUUCCAAGAGAUAAAUACGCAAUGAUCGAGACUCAAACUGUGGAGAACACAGGCAUUCGCGAGGAGUCGAGCAAAAGGAACGGCCUGGACCGUUCUAGCCGAGUAUCUUGUUUCGAGCCCGACGAGCUUUUCGAGUACAUCAAACAUCUCGCGCCCCACGCAUCAUUUGGGGCCGACCGUUUGGAUCUCACGAUUGCCAGAGCUCAGUUAUCGUCGUUUUACAGUUUCAAAGGGUACCGUCCGCCGACAGUUUUCCCUUCUUCACCUGGGGAUUUGCUCGAGGCUGAGCCUGAGAAAUUAGCCAGUGAUUUGACGAUUAUUACUUACCAAAAACGGAAGAACAGUCCUAAAGACAGUUUGAAUUCUGCCAACAACCAGGAUGAGUCGUCUUGUAAAAAACAAAAAGCGCUUGAUGACCCUUUAACCGAAGGUUAUGAUAAGAUGGUGAGUGUUUAUGCAGCAAAAGUGUCUACUCAGAUGAGCCAAAUCCCGAACAAGCCAUCGUUCAAGAUUGGGGAAUGUAUCCGUAGGGUGGCCAGCCAGUUGACAGGGUCUGACGAGCAACACCAAGAGAAGCGAGGCACUGAAGUUUUCUCUGUAGAAUCUUUUUCAGUCGAAGAGAUGAUUACACAGCUCGAGCUUGUAGCUCGAGAGCCCAAGAGGAGGCACGAUUUCAUAAGCGUGGUCCACACGUUCUUCAUGGGCUUUAGGAGUGCAGUCGUUCAGAACAGGCGCGCCAGGAAGAAACGAGCGGCGGAGCAGGCUGUUGUGGUUGGUGGUGCUGCGGAGGAGUACGACUUCGAUGAUAUUAAUGACUCGUAUUGGACUGAUAGGGUCGUGCAGAACUAUUCUGACGAGCAGAAUCAACAUUUGAAUAAUAACUGUGGUGUGAAUGGGCUGGGGAGUCUUCAAAAACAGGCAAAAACGGGCCGUAGGCCGAGAAAGAGAUUCUCCUACAGUGUAACUGCAGACAGCGAACGAGAAGAUCGAGCUAAACGGGCGAAGCAAGAGUCUUCACCGGCCGAGCUUAUCUUGAAUUUUGUACAGAGGAAUAAUAUACCUUCGGAGAUUAACCUGAAUAAAAUGUUUAGGCGGUUUGGGCCGUUGAUGGAGUCUGAAACUGAGGUUGACCAUGAAUCGGGUUGUGCCAAAGUGAUUUUUAAGAGGGGUUGUGAUGCUGAAGUUGCUCGUGAUAGUUCGGAGAGGUUUAAUAUUUUUGGUGCAGGUCUUGUUAAUUAUCAGAUUGGAUAUGAACCGUUGAUCUCGGUUAAGGUCUUGCCGCUUGUAGUGCCUCCUCCUCCUCCACCAAUGGAAGAUGUGACUUUCAUGCAAUAA